AAAAAAUAUUCAAUUUGGCAUUUGCUUGCCAGCUUGGUGUUGUGACGCUGUCUACUUUCUCGCAUUCUCCAUUGAGUGAUUAUAGUUCCUUAUUCGUAGUUGCAGUUCAAAGUCCAAAGACUUUGAGCCGUAAAAGCAUUUAAAGUUUUACCCUUUAUUUCAAGAAUUAUUAACAUGAAUCCCAUAUCAAAAGUUGUGCGUAGCUCACGCCCCAUCUAUAAGAAACUCUCUACAACUGCUACUCUUGCUGCCCCAAAACCAAUUCCUACCACUGGACUUUGCUUUGAACUAAACGAUGAGCAAAAGGCGCUGCAGGAUCUGGCCCGUAAGUUCACCAAAGAAGAAAUCAUACCGGUUGCAGCUCAGUACGACAAGACUGGUGAAUAUCCUUGGCCGAUCGUUAAGAAGGCGUGGGAGCUUGGACUUAUGAAUGGACACAUCCCAGAGCAUUGUGGGGGUAUGGGGAACUUUGGUGUGUUUGAUGAGUGUCUUUCGGCCGAAGAAUUUGCAUUCGGCUGCUCAGGCAUUACUACUGCAAUUGGAGGGACUAGUCUUGGACAAACCCCAGUUAUAAUCGCUGGCAAUAAGGAACAACAAAAGAAAUAUCUUGGAAGACUUAUUGACGAACCUCUUGUUGCUGCGUACGGUGUAACUGAGCCCGGGGCAGGAUCCGACGUUGCUGGCAUAAAGACUCGUGCUGAGAAGAAGGGCGAUGAAUGGAUUCUCAACGGUCAGAAGAUGUGGAUCACCAAUGGAGGUGUCGCCAACUGGUAUUUCGUCCUGGCUAGAACCAAUCCAGACCCGAAGUGCCCGGCAAGCAAGGCUUUCACUGGCUUCAUUGUGGAGAGGGAGUGGGCUGGAGUCACGCCUGGACGCAAGGAACAAAACAUGGGUCAGCGCGCUUCAGACACUCGAGGCAUCACUUUUGAAGAUGUCCGCAUACCAAAAGAGAAUGUCCUCAUUGGGGAAGGCGCUGGCUUCAAGAUUGCUAUGGGCGCUUUCGACAAAACAAGGCCACCGGUAGCAGCUGGCGCGACGGGACUUGCUCAGCGCGCACUAUAUGAGGCAACUCGAUAUUCUUUAGAGCGUAAGACUUUUGGCGUUCCCAUCGCCCAACAUCAGGCGGUCGCGUUCCUCUUAGCAGACAUGGCGAUUGGCGUUGAGACGGCUCGCUUGGCGUGGCAGCGCUCCGCUUGGAUGGUCGAUCAUGGUCAAAAGAACACAGUAAUGGCAUCAGUGGCGAAAUGCCACGCGUCAGAGAUCGCGAAUAAGGCGGCAUCUGACGCCGUACAAGUGUUUGGUGGAAACGGAUUCAAUACAGAAUACCCCGUAGAGAAGCUCAUGAGAGACGCCAAAAUAUACCAGAUCUACGAAGGCACCUCCCAAAUCCAGAGACUCAUCAUUUCCAGGGAAAUUUUGACAGCUGCCAAACAAACUAAUGCGUAAUUCAUUAAAAUAUUUGAUUUUUAAUAACGUUUUUAGAACAUCGUUUAUUCUUUUAAAUCUUUUCUCUUUACAAUAAAUAAAUUAGAUAUAAUAUUUUGUGUGGUGUAUAAAAAUAAAAGCUCGAGAGGGAAUAUAUUUUUUAAGAUUGUACAAUUUUAUAAAUCAUGUUGAAUUGCUUAUAAGUUGGUUCAUGUUUUGUAAAAUUUGUAUUUUUGGAUAUCUUACUAAUCAUAAAUAAAACCUUUUUCUAA